AUGAGUCAAGCACCAAAUCCAUUUACUCAAGCAGCUAGUCAAGGUUAUGGUGAUUUUACAUCAACAUUAGAUGAUGAAGAUCAAGAUGAAAAUAAUGUAGUUGAUGAAGAAGAAGAAGACCAACAACAACAACUAGAAGAUGAUGAUGAAGAAGAAGAAUUAGAAGGACCACAAUCACCUGAACCUGAAGAACAGGGAAUAAAUGAACUUGGUUUUACUCAAACUCAAGAACGUUCAUAUCCAACUGGUAUUGAAUCUCCGGAUGAAGAUGAGAAUGAAGGACAAAAUGAAAUGUCUGAUAAUCAACAAGAACAAGAACAAGAACAAGAACAAGAAGAUGAUAAUAAUGAAGAAGUAGAACCAAGUUCACCACAAAUUGAUGAUUCGAACGAACAACAAGAAGUUGAAGAAGAAAACGAGAAGAACAACGACGACAAUGAAGAAGAUCAUGAUACAAAUCAAAAACAAUCUCAAUUACAACAACGUCGUCGUGUACAAAUUAUGGAUGAUUCCGAUAAUGAAGAAGAACAACCUAUUGAAUCAACUAGUGUUGUUAGUAAAGAUAGAAAUCGUCAUUUUCUUAAACAAUUUACAAUGAAAAAUGAUGAUUCACAUAAAAAACAUAAAAAACGUCAUAGUGAUGAACAUCAACAUCGUCAUGAUCAUAAAUCUAAACGUUUUCGAAAAACUUCUAAUGAUGAUGAUGAAGAUAAUAAUAAUACUGAAGAACCACAAGAAAAAAAUACAGAUAUUGUUGAAGCUACAUCUGAUGUUGAAGAUGUUGUUGAUGAUAUAUUUGGAAAAGAUGUAAAUGAUAAUGAAGAGGAAGGUAAUGAUCAAGAAGAAGUUGCUGCUGAAUUAGCAGAACUUAAUGAUGAUAAUGAAGUAGUACAAGAAGAAGGAGGAGAAGAAGAAGAAGAUGAACAACAACAAACUUUUGAUACUGAAGAAGGUGAAGAUGAAGAAAUAUCAGCACAUAAAUCAAAUUAUUCUACAUCAAAAAAUAAUAUUGGUUAUGAUAUCGAUUUAUAUUUGGAAAAAAGAGCUGAAAAACGUCGUGGAAAUCGACGUCGUGGUGGAAAAAAUGGUGAUAUUGAUUUAGCUGGUCCUGAUGGUGAUCAACUUGUAUCAAAAUUAAUUGAUCAAAUGAAAAUAGCUACUGAAGAAGAUCGAAUAUUUAAUAAAAGUCGACAACCAGCUACAGCUAAACUUCUUUUAUUACCUACAGUUGAACAACAAUUAUGUCGAGCUGAUUUAACGGAAAUAUUUCUUGAUAAUGGAAUCUUAACUGUUUUUAAAGAUUGGCUUAGUCCAUUACCAGAUAAAAGUUUACCUAAUAUUAAAAUUCGAGAAUCACUUAUUAAAAUUCUUCAACAAUUUGGUGUUAUUAAUGCUGAUCCUUUACGUGAUAGUGGUAUUGGAAAAGCUCUUAUGUAUUUAUAUAAACAUCCACGUGAAACAAAAGAAAAUAAAAUAAAAUUAAUCAAAAUUAUUCAUGAUUGGGCUCGACCAAUAUUUAAUUUGGAUACAGAUUAUAAACUUUUAACACGUGAAGAACGACAACAACGUGAUGUUGAUCAAGCUUCACUUAAACGACAAACUUCAUUAACAGGAAAACCAAAAAAUCGAAGUGCUGAUGUAGAUUUGCCUUUUUCUAGUGAUAGACGACAAGAUGAUGAUGAUGAAUUGAAUAAAGAUGAGGAUUGUCCACGAGCUCGUGUUCCACGGCCAUCAAAUAAAGAUUAUGUUGUACGUCCGGUUUCGACUGUUGAAUAUUCAGACAAAAAGGGUGAUGGUAAAAAGAGAACAAUAUCACGUUUAGAUGCAAUCAAACGACGACAACAAGAUCGAAAACGAAAUUCCAAACCAAUGUCUAUUGUUAAACUUAGUAUUGAAGGAAAUAAAAUGCAUUUGUAA